ACCACGUUUAUAAGAGACGUUCACAGUAUAGCAUAGACAUUUCUGAUUUGGUUUUUAGAAACGUGUAUACUUGUUUCGUUCGUGGACAGGCAGAACAGUCAAUUGAAAUAAGUAAGCCAGAGCAGGAGGCUUCGUCCUCAGCAUGGAGCAACUGCCAGAGAAAAUUGACUUUCCUGACGAGGAAGAAAAUACGUUAGAAUUUUGGAAUAAGAUCGAUGCAUUUAAGACAUGCCUUAAGCAAUCGAAAGGAAAGUCCAGAUUUACAUUUUAUGAUGGACCCCCAUUCGCGACCGGUCUUCCACACUACGGCCACUUGCUGGCAGGGACCAUUAAGGAUAUCAUUCCGCGUUUCGCGCACCAAAGCGGAUUUCACGUUGAUCGACGUUUCGGAUGGGAUUGCCAUGGACUUCCCGUUGAGCACGAAAUAGACAAGGCGUUGGGGAUAAAAGGACCCGAAGAUGUCGCACGGAUGGGCAUCACGGCCUAUAAUGAUGAAUGCAGAAAGAUCGUAAUGAGGUAUUCUACUCAAUGGCGUGAAAUAGUAACAAGACUCGGCCGAUGGAUAGACUUCGACAAUGACUAUAAAACUAUGUAUCCCUCAUAUAUGGAAAGCGUUUGGUGGAUCUUCAAACAGCUAUAUAACAAAGGAUUCGUCUAUAAAGGCGUUAAAGUGAUGCCGUACUCUACCGCUUGCAAUACGCCUUUAUCAAACUUCGAAGCUGGUCAGAACUAUAAGGAAGUUUUGGACCCGGCUAUUGUCGUCUCCUUCCCCUUAGACGAAGAUCCACAAGUUUCACUUGUGGCUUGGACGACUACCCCUUGGACAUUACCCAGCAACCUCGCGGUUUGCGUGCACCCUGAACUCACUUAUGUCCAGGUGGAGGCAAUAGCAACUCAAGCUCAGUAUAUUCUUCUGGAAUGUCGCCUGUCAGAGCUGUUUAAAAAGGCAGAUGAUUAUAAAGUUCUGUCAAAGUUUAAGGGUAAAACUCUUAAGAAUAAAGGCUACGAACCGCUGCUUCCUUAUUUCGCACAUUUGAAGCAGCAAGGAGCUUUUCGAGUACUUUGUGACGAAUAUGUUACAGAGGACAACGGUACCGGUGUUGUCCACCAGUCGCCAUACUGCGGAGAAGACGAUUUCAGGAUCUGUCUUUCAAAUGGUGUUAUUACGAAAAAUCAAGAGAUAGUGUGCCCGUUGGACCCAUCAGGCCACUUUGUUGAUCCUGUCGUCGAUUUUAAGGGAAUGUACGUCAAGGACGCAGAUAAGCAGAUUAUUGCUCAUCUCAAAAAGCUCGGACGGCUUGUGCAAGCUGGCACAAUCAAGCACAGCUAUCCUUUCUGCUGGCGCUCUGAUACACCGCUCCUCUACAGAGCUAUCCCUUCGUGGUUCGUUCGCGUAGAACAUAUGCGCGAAAGGCUCCUGUCGUCCAAUGUGGAAACUUAUUGGGUACCAGACUUCGUGAAGGACAAACGAUUUGCCAACUGGCUUCGCCAAGCUCGUGAUUGGGCUAUAUCUCGUAACCGAUACUGGGGAACGCCUAUUCCGCUCUGGAUAUCUGACGAUGCAGAGGAAAUUAUUUGCAUCGGCUCCAUUGAGGAACUCGAGAAACUUAGUGGCCAGAAGGUCACGGACCUACACCGGGAAAUUAUAGAUGACAUCGAAAUUCCUUCGCGCCUGGGCAAAGGUUUUCUAAGAAGAAUACCGGAAGUAUUUGACUGCUGGUUUGAGUCUGGCUCGAUGCCUUACGCUCAGCAGCAUUUCCCGUUCGAGAACAAAAAAGACUUUGAUAAUUGGUUCCCAGCUGAUUUUAUAGCUGAAGGCGUUGAUCAGACCCGCGGCUGGUUCUAUACGUUAAUGGUGUUGAGUACAGCACUCUUUGGCAAAGCGCCAUUUAAAAAUCUCAUCUGCAACGGCCUUGUGCUAGCGUCUGAUGGCCAGAAAAUGUCCAAACGCAAAAAAAACUACCCCGACCCUACCGAGAUUAUCAGGAUGUAUGGGGCUGAUGCUCUUCGGCUGUAUCUUAUUAACUCGCCAGCUGUAAAAGCUGAAAACCUUCGAUUCAAGGAGGAGGGAGUACGUGACAUUCUCAAAGAUGUUUUUUUGCCAUGGUAUAAUGCGUUCCGCUUUCUCUUGCAAAACAUUGCAUUAUACGAAAAGACAAAUGGAAACAAAUUUGAGUUCAAGGAGCCUAAGAAAAUAACUAAUACAAUGGAUAAAUGGAUUCUUUCGUACUCAAAUAGUCUUGUUAGCUUCGUGAAGCAAGAAAUGAAAGCAUACAGGCUGUACACUGUUGUUCCACGCCUACUCAAGUAUAUUGAUAAUCUAACUAACUGGUACGUUCGUAUGAAUCGUAAAAGACUAAAAGGCAACGAUGGCAAGGAGGAUUGCCUGCAGAGUUUGCAAACUCUUUUUUCGGUUCUCUUUAUCCUUAACAGGCUAAUGGCAGCUUUUACACCGUUCCUCACUGAGUUCAUGUAUCAAAGACAAAAAUCGUUCCUACCGAAAGAUGAAGUUAAGGACUCAAUUCAUUAUUUGAUGCUUCCUGAAGUAGAUGAAUCUCUCAUUGACAGCACUGUUGAAAGAAGAGUAGUUCGCAUGCAAACUGUCAUUGAGUUGGGUCGAGUUCUUCGGGAUCGCAAUGCUCUGCCACUAAAGUAUCCUCUCAUGGAAGUUGUCGUUAUUCAGAGAGAGGAUGAGUACCUCAAUGAUUUGAAGGUCAUGGAAAAUUAUAUCCUGGAAGAACUAAACGUGAAAAAGCUAACACCUAGCAAAGACAAGCAGUUGUUCGGUGUGUCGAUGAAGGCCGAGCCAGAUAUUAAAGCACUAGGCCUUAGGUUGCGAAAUAAAUCCAAAAUAGUAGGAAAUGCCAUCCGAACUCUUAGCGAUGCUGACAUACAAAAUCAUCUUUUAGGAGGGAAGUUGGUAGUAUGCGGAGAGGCUCUACAGGAAGGUGACAUCCGAGUACAAUACUCGUUCGAGGGUCAGGCUAUCGAAAGGUAUGAAGCUCAUUCAGAGGGAGACGUGCUAGUUUUACUAGACAUCCUGCCUGAUGAGAACAUGAUCAACGAAGGACUGGCUCGUGAAGUGAUCAAUCGUAUCCAAAAGUUGCGUAAGAAAGCCCACCUUGUACCUACUGAUCCAAUUAGUGUGUAUAUCACCGCAGAGCCCGCUGACAGCGUUGUGGGCAAAGUUGUCGAAAGUCAUAGCGAGUUUAUAAGGAACACAUUGAAAACACCUUUGCUGAUUAAUAAGUUUGACAACGAGCUUGAUCUGGUCGAACAAGAAACCCGGGAGCUGAGGGAUGCCAAAUUGACCGUUGUAAUUGGAUUACCUAAAGGAACAAAACGUACGAUGGAGCAGCAAACUACUGUCAAGGAUGAUGUUAAAAAAGCCUGCUCAAAAUCUUCCGACGACUAGAAGUGGGUAACCAGUGAAAUGUUAGCCAGUAAAGUGCCGUCAUGCAAAUUCGUCAAAGCAGAUAUAAACGGCAAGAAAUUCACCAUUCUGCUUGAAAAGUCCGCAGGUCAAAACGAUUUGGGGUCAGAACGACUAAAACAACUGAAAGGCACCGAAAAUGCUUCACCCCAUUGGAUGAACCCAACUGUAAAUUUGUAAAUGCAUGUCUCGAAAAUCGCAUUGGUACGGUGUUAUUGGAGAAUCCUGUGGCAAAGUAGUAGAUGCAAAAAGACUCGUCAUUCUAGUAUCUUCGGGGUACUGUCAGUGCAAACUUUCACAUUAUUCUACGCCGCGGUCCUUACCAAGAAGCUUACUGCUGUGAGCAAAACUGUCUAUGCUAGUAGACGCUAAGUAGCUUGAGUGCUGAUAAGUUUAUAUAAACUUAUCAGCACAUUAAGUUAUAAGUUACAUUAAAGGUAUAAUAAUACUUUCCCUUUAGUAACUGAGAAAAAAACAGUUCUAGGUGCCUUGUCUGAAUAUAUAAACAUUUGAAUGAUUUCAUCA